GUGUACUUCUAGGAAGUGAGCAAACCGGUAAUACAAGACUAUAAAGCUUGCGAGUUUCUGGUUUAUUUCUGUAAAAUACGUAUCGUUUUGGUUGGUCGAUUUAUCAUGCCUGAAUAUAUACGCUAUUCUUUACUAAGAUUAUACAACAAAUAUUUUUAACUUGUGUCUAAUCGGAUGGUGAAAACUUGCUUGUUCUUUUUAUACAGCUGUGGAUUGGAUCUGUUUCACUGUAAGGAGACGUUCACACUGAAAUGAUGCAUCUCCAGGCUCUUCUGUAUGUUCUGGCAGCAUGUUAUGAAUCAGCCAUCAGUCUGAAAGCAACAAGCAAUGAACAGAAAUUUGAUGGAAAAGAUGUAACUCCACUACUGAUUGUAUCGUUCGAUGGUUUCCGCGCUGACUAUCUGGAAAAAUACAAAUUCCCUAAUCUGAAGAAGUUCUUCACUGAUGGGGUUUUUAUUGAUCAUCUUACCAAUGUCUUUACUACUAAAACCUUUCCUAACCAUUACAGUCUUGUCACUGGACUGUAUGCGGAAAGUCAUGGAAUUCUGGCAAGUCGCAUGUAUGACCCGGAGACAAAAAAAUAUUUUACUGUUCGUAAUUCUAGUGAUCCGUUCUGGUGGAACGAAGCGACUCCGAUCUGGCUGUCUGUUCAGGACAAGAAUUAUAGGUCUGCAGCUGCAAUGUGGCCAGGAACGGAUGUCAUGAUUCAAAACCGUACCUCGUCAUAUUUUUUUAAAUAUAACCCAAAGGUUAGAUUUGAUGAAAGACUGGGCAACUUGACACAUUGGCUUACUAAUGACACUUUGGUCAAGUUUGCUGCUCUGUACUGGGAAGAACCGGAUAGUACUGGACAUAAAUAUGGACCAGAAAACACCACAAUGAUGGCCAAGGCACUGAAGGAAGUAGAUGACCAUGUGGGGUUUCUGAUGGACCAUCUCAAUCAGACAGGACUAUUGGGGAGAAUUAAUGUGAUUAUUACUAGUGAUCAUGGCAUGGUGCAAUGCUCCCAGGACCGACUGAUUAAGCUUGAUGACUGUGUUGAUCAGAAUAGCUAUGUUUUGGUGGAUAGUACUCCAGUGGCUGCCAUCAUUCCAGUCAACAAUUCCACAAAUUUGUACAAAAAUCUUAGCAAGUGCCAUGCACACAUGAAGGCUUACAUGAAAUUUGCAAUACCCGACCAGCUGCACUACAGAAACAACAAACACGUUCAGCCCAUCAUCCUCCUGGCUGAUGAAGGUUGGACAAUUGUUCAGAAUGGCAGCCUUCCACGAUUGGGUGAUCAUGGCUAUGAUAACUCUCUGCGCAGCAUGCACCCCUUCCUGGCAGCCCAGGGCCCUGACUUUCGGAAAGGCUAUCGGAUGAACAGCAUCAACAGCGUUGAUCUUUAUCCGCUCAUGUGCAACCUCCUGGGAAUCCCUGAGAUGCCUAAUAACGGCAGCUUCAGCAAUGUACGUUGUGUGCUGCUCAGAGAGAAGUGCUCAGACCUGGCAGCCGUUAUAGGCAUCGUCAUCGGCGCCCUCAUCUUACUCACUACCAUCACCCUCCUCUUCAGACUGCUAAAGCACAGGGAGCAUUCCUCGUCAAGGCCGUUUGCACGACUGGAGCUGGAGGAGGAGGACGAUGAACCUUUGCUUGAAUAAGAGUCGAAAUUUUAGGGUUGGUUCAAGUACAUGCAACAUACGUACCAAACGGAAAUAAAAAAAACUAUAUAAAUAUGUAAUAUAUGAAUAAAUAAUAAAAGUACAACUGGGCACAGCGAAAAAAGAAAUGAUCAUCAGAAGGGGCUUUGCUUCUGUAGCAAAAAAUUCCCUAUCAUUGCAUAAAGCUAUCCAAAGAAUAUAGAUACUAUUUAUAGAUAUAGAUACUAUUUAUUUUACAUAGCAGUUUAAACAAGUGUAAAGUUCCUAUAAAUUCCAGUUUACCUGUUUUUUUUUCACCCUAGGCUAAGAAUAUACUGAGGCAACAGAUUAUACUAAGAUGUUAUUUUAAGAUGAGGUCUAUAUAAUGAGGGUAAUAUUUAGGGAGGUUUUUUCAGUAAUUUUGUUUAUUAAUAUUUGCAGAUGAAUGUCAGGUCAUAUAAAUAUAUAUAAUGUAUAAAGGCAUAAUAAGACUUCCAUUAUUAUUAAAGCAAAUAUUUUGGGCACAUAUCACAAAACUUUCUAAACUGUAAGAUGACUAUAAGGCAUAUACUUUAUAUUAUCAGGUAUUUUAUGUGUGCUAAGUGCAAUGUUCAUUCAGCUUCUAGGAAAUGCACUGAGAAUGUUUUCAUGUAUGUAUUUUUUUUUCUUUGCUUCAGUGUUUUGUGGGAUUUUCAUAGAGCCAGGAACUGAAACAAUCAAGUUACUGAAUUCUGCACACUGUAUAUUUAUUUCCUUGUGUUUUAAGCUUUGUUAAGUGCAAAUGAAUGUUUAUUUCUUCUGCUUUCCUAUUGCAUAUUGUUCUAUAUACUAAGAUAUUCUAUUUUUCUAUUCUGGUAGUGUAUAAUUGUGGUGAAAAUUAGUGAUCAUUUGAAUUAUAUUUUUGUGAGAAUGUGAAUUUCUUGCACUUAGAUGUUUGUGUUGUGGGCUGGUUCGCUGUUUUCUUGAAGUCUUCCUAUAAGGUACAGGUACUGUAUAACUAUGCAAGGGAAAGAUAGUCAGGUAUUGAUAUGUUGUGGAAACUUUUGCAGAGCUUUGUGUGUUUAAACUAUGAUUUUGAUAGAUUUUCUUUCUGUGUAUAAUAAUUAGUUUCGUUAUUUUAAGGCAGAUUAAAUGGUUGAUGAUGUAAAGCAGGAAUGUAUUGACAGCUUUCUAAUGUGGUUGCAUCUGAACCGCUAGAGGGCGCUCAUGUAUUUAUGUAUACUGUCAAGAGACAUUCAAAGAUGUUUAAAUCACACACAUUAAAGGGUUUAUUGAAUUA